CUGUACUAACCAAGAGACAUGACAGAGGACCAGGGAACUGUGGAUGAAGAAAGAAACUCAUACAGGUUUUGGACAAUUUGAGGCAUCAGAAUACGGUGAUUACUAUGACACAACUUCAGACAUUGGAUCACCAUGCAACAAUGGAAACACAAAGGCCUUCAGUGAGGUUUUCCUUCCAACCCUGUACAGCUUAGUUUUCAUUAUUGGCUUCAUCGGAAAUGGCCUGGUAGUGUGGGUCCUGAUCAGAUACCGUCAAAAAUCCAACAUGACAGAUGUCUGCCUCUUCAACCUAGCCCUAUCUGACCUACUCUUUCUUGUGUCACUCCCUUUUUGGGCUCACAGUGCCAUGGAUGCAUGGAUUUUUGGCAACUUCAUGUGUCAUUUCAUAACAGGUCUCUUUACGUUGGGUCAGUAUGGUAGCAUAUUCUUCAUUGUCCUAAUGACACUGGAUCGCUAUGUUGUCAUUGUCCAUGCCCAUAGUAUCUUUUCCAGAAAUCGGUCUGUAAAAAUGGGUUUGGUUCUGGCCUCAUUUGUAUGGAUGCUCAGUCUGUUUGUGUCCCUCCCUAAUAUUAUUUUUGCCAAAGCGAAAAAUGAGCAAAACAUCAAAGUAUCAUGCAAAUCUGAAUUUCCUGAGAAUACAGCCUGGAUGUCAUUUACUUAUCUUAAGAUGAACCUCCUGACCUUGGUCAUCCCUCUGAUUAUUAUGAGCUAUUGCUAUUCCCAGAUCAUCCCUACUCUGCUCAGCAUAAAAUCACAAAAAAGGCACAAAGUCGUCAAACUCAUCUUGGCUGUGGUGGCAGUUUAUUUUCUCUUCUGGACUCCAUACAACAUUGUCAUGUUUCUUAUGUACCUGCAGAAGCAUGAGUAUUUAGUCGCCUGUAAGUGGCAAACUAGUUUAAGCCUUGCCAUGCAGUGGGUGGAAACAAUUGCCUUUUGCCACUGUUGCCUCAAUCCUAUCAUCUAUGCCUUUGCCGGACAGAAGUUCAGAAGAGCAGUUCUUAAAGUCCUAAAAGAGCAGUUUCCAUUGUGCUUUAGCCAGUGUGCCACUUUCUCUCUACAGUUAUCUGAACGCAGAAGUUCAGUUUUCAGCAAAUCUACCGAAUAUUCCUCCACACAGAUUGCAUAGAGCAAACUUAUUCCCCCAGUGUUAUUUUUAGACUUUUUUUUUUCUUUUAUUUACCCUCUGUAAAUUCUGAUUAUUGAAUGUAUAUUGAGUUUUUGAAAGUUUCCUUUUUCUGUUUUUUAACAAUUUUGUUAACAAUAAUGAUAUAUGUUAAUUAGGCGAGUGCAAAUGUGUUCUUUGUGCAUGUAUAUUGCUUACAUUUUAGAAAUGUAAAUGAUACAUAUAAUUAAAAAAUGAAUGAUUUCAUCUGGAAUUUUAAAUAAACUCACUGUUAGUCUUUGCAUCAGGAGUAAAACAUUUAUUCAGUUGUGGCUUAUUUUCAUAUGUCUUUGUUAAAGAAAUUAAUUUAGCCUAUAUUUAAAAUUUAGCUUUUAAAGAUUUUUUAAUGUAAA